AUGGUUCGGUUGCGGUCGCUUGCUGUAGUGCUCUGUCUCGGUGGUGUCCUGAGAUACGCUGCUGGAUUUCGCUUCCAGGGCCCCCAGGGCCUGUCCCCUCUUGACGGUUUGGCUCUGCAGCGAGCCCACCAGCAACACGGCCUACCUUCGGCUGCAGCAGCAGCGGCUCCUAAGAGCAGAAUAGCAGCCUUGGCAUCAUCAUCACUGUCAGCACCACCUCCGGCAGCGGAAGAUGUGCCCGCGAGCCUUAUGGAUGUACGGCCAAGCUUCUUCAAAGGAAAGAGGGUUUUGGUGAGGGGAGACCUCAACGUGGCUGUAAUGGAAGACAGCAGCAACAGCACUGGUUAUAGAGUAACAGACGACACUAGAAUGAGAGCGCUAGAACCAACGCUCCGCUACCUGUUGGACGCCGGGGCCCGCGUGCUUUUGCUCUCCCACUUUGGGGACCCACAACUCCCGCAGCAGCAGCAGCAGCCGCGCUUCUCCCUGAAGAUGCUGCUGCAACCACUGCAGCAGAUGCUACGGGUUCCCGUGCACUUUGCGCAUAGCUGUGUCGGUGAAGAAACCGAAAGCAUGGCCAACCAGCUCAACGAAGGUGAAGUCCUCCUCCUUGAAAACGUGCGCCUGAAUCCUGGGGAGAAGGAAAACAGUGCCGUCUUGGGCUCCCAGGUAGCCAGCCUCUGUGACGUGUACGUCAACGACGCCUUUGGGGCGGCCCAUCGGCGGCAUGCGUCCUUGGACGCUGCACCCCGGGCUGCCGUUCAAGAGGGGAAAGCUGCACUUGCCGGCCUCCUGAUGUUAAAAGAGCUUCAGGCCAUCCAGGGAGCAGUGUCUUCCCCGGAGCGGCCCGUAUGUUGGAUUGUGGGGGGUGCUAAGGUGUCUUCGAAAGCGCAGCUCCUGCGCCGUCUGCUUUCUGUAUCCUCCAAGGGAGACAAGGUUCUGGUAGGCGGUUGCAUGGCCCUCACCUUCCUCAAAGCCCGAGGGGCCGCGCUGGGUGCCUCCCUCGUCGAAGACUCGCAGCUAGAGACCUGCAAGGAGGUAGAAGCCUUGGCAGCAGCAACAGGAGUGGAGCUAAUGUUGCCCGUAGAUUUGUUGGUGGGGGCGGAGGCGUCUCCUACUUCAGAGGUUCUGGGGGCCCCUUCGGUCUCUCAAGGAGUACCCGAGGGACUCCUGGCCCUCGAUCACGGACCCAGGACCAACGAACUCUUCGCCGAUGCAAUCAAAGGCUGCAACACUAUUGUCUGGUAA